AUGAACGAGCGCGAGAAGGCCCUGGGCUGCAAGGCGGUGGUCAGCGUGGAGAGCGCGCGGGGCCGGUGCUCCCUCCAAAACCCCGGCGCCGCCGGCGAGCCCCCGAAGCAGUUCACCUUCGACGGGGCGUACUGCCAGGAGCACGGCACGGAGCAGAUCUACAACGAGGUCGCCUACCCGCUCGUGGAGGGCGUCACCGAAGGCUACAACGGCACCAUAUUUGCUUACGGCCAGACUGGCAGCGGGAAGUCAUUCACCAUGCAGGGAGUUGCAGACCCCUCUGCACAGAGAGGCAUAAUCCCCAGGGCCUUUGAACACAUUUUUGAGAGCGUACAGUGUGCUGAAAAUGCCAAGUUCUUGCUGAGAGCUUCCUACCUGGAGAUUUACAAUGAAGACAUACGAGACCUUCUGGGAGCUGAUACGAAGCAGAAGUUGGAGCUGAAGGAACACCCGGAGAAAGGGGUGUACGUGAAGGGCCUGUCUCUGCACACCGUGCAUAGCGUGACCCAGUGCGAGCAGAUCAUGGAGACGGGCUGGAGAAACCGAGCUGUGGGUUACACCCUCAUGAAUAAGGACUCUUCCCGCUCCCACUCCAUCUUUACUGUCAAUGUGGAAAUCUACACCGUAGAUGAGCGAGGGCAGGACCACCUCAGGGCCGCGAAACUCAAUUUAGUGGAUCUGGCAGGAAGCGAGAGGCAGUCAAAAACCGGAGCCACGGGGGAGCGGCUCAAAGAGGCCACCAAAAUCAACCUCUCCCUCUCAGCUCUGGGCAACGUCAUCUCGGCCCUGGUCAACGGCCGGUGUAAGCACAUUCCCUACCGAGACUCCAAGCUGACCAGGCUGCUCCAAGACUCCCUCGGAGGGAACACCAAGACCCUGAUGGUUGCGUGCUUAUCUCCAGCUGAUAACAACUACGACGAAAGCCUCAGUACUCUGCGCUAUGCUAAUCGGGCGAAAAACAUCAAGAACAAGCCCUAUAUCAAUGAGGACCCCAAGGAUGCUCUGCUGAGGGAAUAUCAGGAGGAGAUUAAGAAGCUGAAGGCGAUUCUAGCUGGACAGAUGAAUCUGAAUGACUUCAGCGCUGUCCUCUCUGUGAGGAUUCAGCCCGGCCUCGCUCAGAACACGGAACCAGCUCCACUUCUCCAACCCCAGUUAGAUCUUGAAGCAGAGAAGCAGCUGAUCAGGGAAGAGUACGAGGAGAGGCUGGCCCAACUAAAGGCCAGCUACGAAGCGGAGCAGGCGUCCCGCACCCGCCUCGAAGAGGACAUCGAUAGCCUGAGGAACCUCUACGAUCUCAAGCUGUCUGCCCUCGAGGAGAGGCUCAGGAAGGAAGCAGCUGCCGUAAGGGCUGAAACUACUGAUGAGAAACCUUUGUGGGUUGCUGCAGCAGAAGAACCAACACCAGCCCAGGACCCAGCUGGCGGGGAGGACGGGGGGAGCACAGGAGCAGAGGUGACUGUCACCGCAGAGGGGAUUUCGCUGCCCGUAGACCAGCAGCAGGUGCUUGCCAGGCUGCAGAUGCUGGAGCGACAGGUGGUGGGAGGGGAGCAGGCCGAAAACAAGGACCUCCAAGAAAAGCAUAAACGCCGGAAAAAAUACGCGGACGAGCGGAGGAUGCAGCUGGUGAGCGCGCUGCAGCAAUCCAACGAGGACAGCAGCGAGUGGGUUCUGCUGAACGUCUACGACUCCAUCCAGGAGGAGGUUCGAGCCAAGAGCAAGCUUCUGGAGAAGAUGCAGAAGAAGCUGCGGGCUGCCGAGACCGAGAUCAAAGAUCUGCAGUCGGAGUUUGAGCUGGAAAAGAUCGAUUACCUCGGCACCAUCCGCCGCCUCGAGCGAGACCUGCUGCUCUUCCAGCAGCUGCUGGAUCGGGUGCAGCCCCUCAUCCGCCGCGACUGCAACUACAGCAACCUGGAGAAGAUCAAAUGUGAAUCCGCCUGGGACGAGGAAAAAGGCUGCUGGAAAAUUCCAGAGCUCCUCAUUCAAAAAACCCGCCUGCCCGCAGUUCCAGCCCUGCCAAAGCCCGAACUCGCCCAAAAGACCCCUUCAGCCGAGAGCAGAGAGCAAACG